AUGAGAUAGCUAUAAUAAAUUCCGAAAGUAACUAAAAAGGUUAUUAUUAUAAAUCAAAAGUCGAAUAUGAUUAGUGAAAAUAAUAAUCUUUAGAAUAUUCAAAAUGUUUAAGUAAAUAAUACUGACAGAAAGAAUGUUUCUGUUGAGGAACAACUUCCAAAUUAAUUUGAGGAUAACAUGCAAUUUGAAAGUCAAUAAUCCAUUUAGGAAAUGAUGAUUUUAUAUUAAAAAAAUUGUGCCUAAUUAUAAGAAUUCUAAUCUUAAAUACACGAGUUAAAACAGAGAGUCUAAUUGAUUGAGUAAAAAUUUUAAGAAAUCGAAGCAACCAAUAAGAAAAAGAAGAAAAGGAGAACUGCAGCUGAAAUUGAUAAGAAUUUUAAAUGCCCUUAUAAAAAUUGCGAGAAACUCUAUGGGUCAGAUGUUUCAUUGAAUCUACACAUCAAAUUCAAACAUAAUGGGGGUAAUAAGAGUGAACGUCAGAAAAUAAUUAAAUAAUUACAGGCUGGAGAAAUAUCUGAAAAGGAUAUUCAAAACAUUAAUUUACCACCUGCAUGA